AUGGAUACCCGGAGCGCGCACGAUGGGGUGUCCCUCGCUGGAUCCGACCCAUCCAAGAUGAGGCUUCAGCUCCCAGCAAGCUGCGACCCUCCGCAGCCCGGGGCAGCAGUAAAGCCACUAGUCUGGAUUGUCUUUGGCGGGACCGGCCACAUGGGCCGCUCGCUCGUCAAGUCCGCUCUCAGCCACGGCGACCUAGUCACCACAGUCGGGCGCGUGCUUGAGACGUCCCCCGAGGCCAUCGCGACGCUGAACAGCGACACGUGCCUGGGCCAACUGUGCGAUGUGCGCGACGGCGCGUCGGUCGCCCGCGUCAUUCAGCGCACCCUCACCCGCUUCGGACGUAUCGAUUGCAUCGCCAAUUGCUCCGGCUACGGCGUCAUCGGCGCGUGCGAGGACCAGGACGAGCACGAGCUGCGCAACCAGUUCGAGACCAACUUCAUGGGCACCCUGCACAUCGUCCAGGCCAGCCUCCCCUAUUUCCGCCAGCAAAACGGCGGCCGCUAUCUCAUCUUUAGCUCCACCUCGGGGGCUCUGGGUGUCCCCGGGCUGGGCCCGUACUGCGCGUCAAAGUACGCCGUCGAGGGGUUGAUCGAGGCCAUGCUGUAUGAGGUUGACUCGUUCAAUAUCAAGGCGACGCUCGUGGAGCCUGGGCUGGUCAGGCGGGACGAGCCGGACUCUAAGACGAACCCCUUGCCCACCUGGGGCCAUUUCCUGAUCAAGCCCGCCAGCGAGGCAUAUUCGCAUGCGACGUCGCCUGCGCUGCACGCCAAGAGGAUGGUGCAGUGGCUUGGCGACAAGCAGCCCACGAGCGCUGUCAAGUGCGCCGAGCUGGUAUGGCAGCUUGGCCACUGCUCCUAUCCCCCGCUGAGGCUGCUGCUGGGGAGCUACGCCAUCGAGAGUAUCCGUGACCGAUUGCGGUCGGUGACGGAAGAAUUGGAAGACUGGAAGCACCUCAACUAUCCAGUCCCCCCUGAUGCGCCGGGCGGGGAAAGGGGGGGGGACCGAGGAGAGCGGGAUGAUGCGGAAGAAAGAGAGGGCGAAGAAGAAAAGGAGCCGGAGGACGAGGUGAUGGAGGGAAUGACGCCUGAACCAAAGGAAUCGGAGGUCGGCCAGCGGGAUUGA